UGACGCUGUAUCGCGAACCCGGAAGCAGCGGCAGCAAAUCGCUUUUCUUCUCCUUUCAACCCGCACCGCUGCUUCUAGCGUGGUAUCCAGACACCGACUCCGGCGUUUCUCUACGAGCAUCAAGAGGCUGAUUCCUUCUGGAGGACUGUGACCCGGGGCCACCUGCCAGGCCGGGCCUCCUUCCUCCUCCUGACUGCACAUCUCCACUGUUGGUAUCAUCGUAACAUGGGGAACCUACUGAAAGUUUUGACAUGCACAGAUCUGGAACAGGAGCCCAAUUUUUUCCUCGAUUUUGAAAAUGCCCAGCCCACGGAGGCUGAGCGAGAGGUUUGGGAGCAGGUGGACGUGGUGCUGAAGGACGCAAGGGAUAUCCUGGAUGAGCUGCAGGCCUACAAGGGAGCGGGGCAGGAGAUCAGAGAGGCCAUCCAGAAUCCGAGCGACGAGGCGCUACAGGAGCAGGCGUGGGCGGCCGUGGUCCCUUUGGUCGGCAAACUCAAGAAGUUCUACGAGUUCUCCCAGAGAUUAGAGGCGGCGUUGCACAGCCUCCUGGGAGCUCUGACCAGCGAGACGUACAGCGACCCGACUCAACACCUGGAGCGGGAGCAGGCCCUGGCCAAGCAGUUCGCCGAGAUCCUGCACUUCACGCUGCGCUUUGACGAGCUUAAAAUGACAAAUCCUGCCAUUCAGAACGACUUCAGCUACUACAGGAGAACCCUGAGCCGCAUGCGGAUCAACAACGUACCGGCAGAGUGUGAGAAUGAAGUCAACAAUGAACUGGCCAAUCGGAUAUCUCUGUUCUACGCCGAUGCCACGCCCAUGCUGAAGGCGCUGAGCGAUGGCACGACCAAGUUUGUAUCGGAUAACAAGAACCUGCCCAUCGAGAACACGACAGAGUGCUUGAGCACGAUGGCGAGCGUGUGUAAAGUCAUGCUGGAAACGCCGGAGUACCGUAGCCGCUUCGCCAGCGAGGAGACGGUGUCUUUCUGCCUCCGGGUGAUGGUCGGGGUGAUCAUCUUGUACGACUAUGUCCAUCCCGUGGGGGCGUUCGUCAAGUCGUCCAAAAUCGACAUGAAAGGCUGCAUCAAAGUCCUCAAAGAUCAGCCUCCGAACAGCGUAGAUGGCCUUCUCAACGCUCUCAGGUACACAACCAAGCAUCUGAAUGAUGACUCUACCAACAAGACUAUCAAGAGCAUGCUGCAGUAGGACUGAGCUGCUACAACUGCUGGGGAGAAACCACUCUGUUCUCUCUCCUGACUGAUGUCGCUGCACAAAAUGUUCUUUUUUUUUUUUUUUUUGGUUGUUUGUUUGUUUGUUUUUGGCUUUUUUUUUUUUUUAAUAGAAAAAAAAAAGAGCUACAGCUCCGCCCUCUUUUGUAAUGCAAAAUGCUACUGCCAUUACGAACGUCUUUUUCUGUGCCAAAAAGAUGUUGCUGAUGUGUUUUCGAUGAAAGGCCAUGUGACGAUGGCAGCUAAUGAAAGCAUUGCGGAUCCUCUGGGGUUUUUUUUAAGAUGUCUUGUUUUUCCCUGUAUAAGGGACGGGAGUGCUUUGACUUGAAAAUUUGAAAAAGAGAGAUAUAUAGAGAAGUAUAUAUAUAUAUUAUUUUUGUUUUGAUUUGUUAUUUAAUUACGUCCUCUGCAUGAUGAAAAUGAUGUCUUUUCCUUCUAUUUAAAAAGAAAACCCUGAUGGUUCAGUUUAAUUUGCUCGAUUGUGCAUUAUUAAAUGUUUUGUUAUCGGAAUGGUACUUGUCAAGAUGUUAAGAGUACUGUUUUUAUAUUUUUUAUAGGUUUUAAUUUGUGCAUAUGGUUGUUCAUUUCAUAGCUGUGUUGUAUUUUUCUUUUCAUUUGAAAACUUUAAACUGUGAUGUGUGCAAAAUCAGAUUAAAAUUGGGAGUAUGUACUGUAAAAGAACAGUAUGCUGUGGCUGGAGAAAUUAAAGCAGAACUCUUGUUUUCUACAA